AGGUAAAGUAAAGAAAGAACUCUCAAGUUUUUUUUCUUUUCUUUUGCUUUCCCUUUUGUGUGGUUUAUCAUCUCUCAGUCUUCCUCCUUCUUCUUCUUCGCCAUCGUUUCGGUUUUCUCGAGGAAGUGUUUCUACUGGGGGGGAAAAAAGCUCCUUUUACCCACUUAGUUUCUCUACCUUUUUGCUCAGAGAAAAAUGGUUUGAUUUUUUUUUCAGAGAUGGUGAAAUUUGCAGGCUAUUUGGUUUAUCGCUUCUUGUUAUUUAUUAUCUGGUUAUCAAGCUUCCAAGAUGUAGCUGCGCAUGAUAAGCUUAAUGAGCAUAGUAGUAGAUCGACAACUUCUGAGUUGGCAAAUCCACCUGGUAUUGAAGUAUCUGGUCCCAUUCAAGUAUCGCCGUCAGUCAUCCCCAAAUAUGCAUCCCCUGCUCUACCUUGGACUCCACCAAUGUACCCUACUUUUCCUGAUACAUAUGAACCUAAGUUAACCGGCAAUUGUCCUACAGACUUUCAAGCAAUUUCAAGUGUUAUCGAUACAGCAGCUUCUGAUUGUUCCCAACCUUUCGCUGCACUUGUUGGGAACGUGAUCUGUUGUCCACAGUUUAUAAGCUUACUUCAUAUUUUCCAAGGACAGCACAACGUGAAGUCAGAUAAGUUGGUUCUUCCUGAUGCAGUUGCUACAGAUUGUUUUUCAGAUAUCGUUAGUAUCCUGGUCAGCAGAAGAGCCAACAUGACAAUACCUGCACUUUGCUCUGUAACAUCGUCAAAUCUAACUGGAGGUUCCUGUCCAGUAACAGAUGUCACAACGUUGGAGAAAGUUGUUAACAGUAGCAAAUUACUGGAUGCAUGUCGCACUGUUGAUCCUCUUAAGGAGUGUUGUAGGCCAAUUUGCCAACCUGCAAUUAUGGAAGCUGCGCUUCUUAUUUCGGGACACCAAAUGACAGUUGGUGAUAAGCUCCCUUUAGGAGGAUCAAGUAACCUCAACGCAAUUAAUGACUGCAAAAAUGUGGUCUAUUCAUAUCUUUCCAGGAAGCUUCCGGCAGACAAAGCAAACGCUGCAUUUAGAAUUUUAUCGUCCUGCAAAGUUAACAAAGCUUGCCCGUUGGAAUUUAAGGAGCCAACCGAAGUAAUCAAGGCUUGCCGUAAUGUGGCUGCUCCAAGCCCUUCUUGCUGUAGCUCGUUGAAUGCAUACAUUUCUGGGAUACAGAACCAAAUGCUAAUAACAAACAAGCAGGCCAUAGUCUGUGCAACAGUCAUUGGUUCCAUGUUGCGGAAAGGUGGUGUUAUGACAAAUAUCUAUGAGCUUUGUGAUGUCGAUCUUAAAGAUUUCAGUGUCCAAG